CCUCUCUCUCUCUCUCCCUCUCUCUCUCUCUCUCUCCCUCUCUCCCUCUCCCUCUCUCCCUCUCUCCCUGACAUUGACACACAGGGCGCCUUAGGACCGGGUGACGCAAACCAGCAGGCAGUCAGAGUGGAUUGUGUGGUCCCUGUACUGGAGCUCCAGACCCCCACCAGUUCUAGAAGCCACAGCCACCCCACUGGAUGGACAGAUACAGCAACAGGACGCACCUUGAGAGCUGUGGAUCUGUUUGAUGCUGUUUGAAACAGAGGAUUGCACUUGAUCAAGACACUCAUUUAGCUUUUAUUCAGUCAGGACAUGUUGAGAGACAUUAUUGUCUUAGUGAGAGAGCAGGACUGCAGCAGACCACUGAGAGCGGGAAACAUAUCCCUACCGGACAGAGCAGACGGCGGCCAUUUUAAGGGACGCUAUAAACCAGACUUACACCUGGGUCAAGUGUCAUUCCAAUCAAAGGGAUCCAAGUCUUCUUGAACCCUGGGAGGAGAUUCUGAAGAGUGGCUUUGAUUUCUGGGCUAUAUUGUCAAUGUGGAACAGAGGAAGUGUCACUCUAGAAUCACUGAUUGAUAUGUGGUAGAGACGACCGUGUGACACAAUCUACAAGAGACUUCUACUACGUACCCCAUUUGUUUUGCCCAUCAGAGUGAGAAGAAGGGACUGAGACAGACGCAGGAAGCCAACAUGGACAUAUUCGGUGGUGCCCCCCGUGUACUGGGCUACUCGCGCCCCGUGGCGGCACAGUGUGGCACGGAUGCCGUCCUGCAAUGCAAGAUCGGCGGCGACCCUCGUCCCGAAGUGGUCUGGGAGAAGAAGAAUGUACAGAUCCUGUCAGAGGGACGCUACAGGCUGUCGGAGGAGGGCCAGGCCUACUUCCUACACAUCACUGGGGUCAGGCUGGAGGACGCAGGCCAGUAUAUCUGCAAGGCCAGUAACACCGUGGGUGAGACGUGUGCCCCUGCCACACUGAAGGUGGAGGGGAACAGUCAGGAGCGGGAAGGGGUACAGAAACAGACAGAGGUCAAUGAGGUGCAGCAAACCAGGCUGGAGAAUGGAGAGUUAGGGGGGCAACAGAAUGGGGAGUUUAGAAGGAAACAGAACAAGGAGUAUGGAGGGCAACAGAACCAGAAUGGGGAAUAUAGACAGCAAGAGAACAGGGAGUAUGGAGGGCAACAGAAUGGAGAGAUAGAGCAGAGGAAGGGAGAGGUAGACCAACAGAGCAGAAAGGUAGACCAACAGAGCGGAGCGGUAGACCAACAGAGCAGAAAGGUAGACCAACAGAGCAGAAAGGUAGACCAACAGAGCAGAAAGGUAGACCAACAGAGCGGAGCGGUAGACCAACAGAGCAGAAAGGUAGACCAACAGAGCGGAGCGGUAGACCAACAGAGUGGAGCGGUAGAGAAGGAAAAUGGAGAGGAGAGUGAGCGGGAGAAAAAGAAGCAGCGCUAUGAAGGGGAGCCCCUGCUGUCAGACGACAGACCUCACUUCCUCAUCAAGCCCCUCUCCCUGAGGGUGGACCGGGGCGAGGACGCAGCCUUCUCCUGUAAGCUGUCGGGCAACCCUCUGCCCCAGGUGGUGUGGGAGAAGGAUGGGAAGAAGCUGAGCGAUAUCUUCGAGAGCGCCCACUUCAACGUCAGCAGCCAGGACGGAGGCUGGUUCCAGCUGAAGAUCUUCCGGACGCGGAUGCCCGACGGGGGUGUCUACACCUGCAGAGCCCAUAAUAAUCAAGGAGGGGUGCUGGCGGGCGCAGUGCUGCUUGUGGAGCUCGUCCCGGAACGGCAGGAGAGCGGGGCGUCCACGUCAAAUGGGCACAGCAACGGGCAGACAUCACCUCGUAGUAUGAGGCACAGGAUGGGAAGACACAGUUUGUCGAGACAGCCGGACGAGCCCAAUCUGAACUCUGCCAAUGUGAAGAAAUUUGCGGUGUCGGAGGGGAAACAUGCUAAGUUCCGCUGCUUCGUGACAGGGAAACCUAAGCCUGAGAUCAUCUGGAAGAAGGACGGAGCGCCCCUAGAGGCUGGGAGGCGUCACCUUCUGUUUGAGGACAGAGAGGGUUACUACACGCUCAAAGUGAUGUACUGUAAACAUCAGGACACAGGGCUGUACGUGUGUGCUGCGUCCAACGCUCUGGGACACACCCUCAGCUCUGUUUACCUGACUGUCAAAG